CAUCGUUUUAUGUGUAUGUACAAAAAUGGCGGUCGUAUUAAAUUUUGAAAAUCUUGAUAUUUAUAUAGAUUCCUCUGCAUCUGUGCAGGUUGUACCAUAUACAAGACCUGACAACAUUGAUGCACUCACGAUAGACUUGGAAUAUUUGUAAAGUAGGAUGAGUUUUCUAAUAAGAGCUACAAACAGAAUCAUAUCCACAACUUGCUCCCCUAAUAAACCACCUAGUUUCCUGCUAAGGAACUUGUACAGUAGUGAUAAAUAUUCAGGUUCUGUUCCCAUUGAUAAAGUCAAGAUAUCAUUCUCAAGGAGUAGCGGACCUGGUGGACAACAUGUGAAUACAACAAAUUCUAAAGUUGAAGUACGGUUUCAUAUUCAAUCAGCUGAUUGGUUAACCGAUGACUUAAAAUUGAAAUUGAUGAAGCAAGAAUCGGGUCGUAUAACCAAAGAUGGUUUCAUUAUUGUAACGUCACAGAUAUCGAGAAAACAAAAUAUAAAUCAGACGGAUUGUUUGAACAAAAUUGAGAACAUGAUCAAAAAUGCUGCCGUAGAAGAAAAGGAGCCAGAUGAACUAACAAAAGAGCGUCACAGGAAAAGAAAGGAGAAAAUCAAACAAGAAACCUUGAGGAAAAAGAGAGAAAUUUCGAUGAAAAAACAAUGGAGAAGAAUGUAA